CGCGGAGAGGACCGAGAGGAUAGUGAAUAGAAGCUUUUCAUCUCUUACACCUGGGGUACGCCGAGUUCACAGGAAACUUUUUUAGAUCGUAUGAGGAUGGGAACUCCAAACUCACCAACGGAAGAGGAUCGCAGUGGACAUGAGGAGAUUAAUCCCGGUGGAACCUCUGUCGAGGCUUUUUUCGCAGCAUCUGUUGUCUUCAUCACCGGUGUCACCGGUUUCCUCGGUAAAGCGUUGCUGGAGAAACUCCUCAGGGCAUGUCCCGAAAUUUGCACGAUUUACGUACUGAUCAGACCGAAGAAGAAUUGGGGUGUUCAGGAGAGGUUUGAAAGUCUUUUUGAUAAUCCUGUAUUCGACCGAAUAAAAUCGGAAUGCCCCUCUGCAGUAAACAAAGUGAUCGCCGUCAGCGGCGACGUAAGCCUCCCUAAUUUGGGUUUAAGCGAAAAGGAUUGUCUGAUGUUGACGCAACGAGUGAACGUAGUGUUCCACAGUGCAGCCACUGUGCGAUUUGAUGAGCCCCUCAAAGUCGCUGUCGAUUUAAAUGCCAAAGGAACCGAGAGGAUGAUUGACUUCUGCGCUGGCAUGAUGAAUCUCGUUAGCUUUGUUCAUGUCAGCACAGCCUACAGUAAUCUCGACCGUACUGAGGUUAAAGAGAUUAUUUACAGGGCAAACGUUAAAUCAGGAGUUAUAAUCGACAUGUGUGAUAAUCUGGACGACGAAACCCUGAGAAUUCUCGAGGAGAAAUUGCGUGGAAAGCACCCAAAUACGUACACAUUAACAAAGAGAUUGGCUGAGAAUAUAAUAAUGACGAAGGGCAACGGUUUGCCACUGGCAAUAGUUCGUCCGAGUAUCGUCUGCGCAGCGUAUCAAGAGCCCUUCCCCGGCUGGAUUGACAAUGUCAGCGGGAUCACCGGAAUAAUGACAGAAAUUUCCCGGGGAACAAUCAGGAGUGUAAUUUGCAAUCAGAAGCUUGUUGCCGAUAUUAUUCCACUGGAUUACGUUGUUGACACCCUGAUUUGCGUUGCCUGGUACAGGUCAAUGCAUCCUAGCAAUACUAUUCAGGUGUACAAUUGCGUCAGCUCGAUUGCUAAUCCAUUAAUUUGGCGAACAAUGGGUGAACUGGUUAACAAAUAUGUGUUAGAGUUCCCGUCCAAACACGUAUUAUGGUAUCCAGGAUUCUCAUUUAGGACGAAUAAAUUUAUGCAUUCGCUCAUUGCAGCAAGUUUUCAUCGUCUCCCGGCAUACAUCGCUGAUCUCAUUUUAAAAAUCCGAGGUGCCAAGCCAAUAAUGGUGAAAAUUGCAAAGCGCUUGGAACGUGCUGCACAAACUGGUGAAUUUUUUUCAUUCAACGAGUGGCAAUUCAGGGGUGAAAAUAUGCAGCAAUUGAUCAGGACCCUCAAAACGAGCGAUUCCUGUAGCAAAUUCAACGUCGACAUUGCCACACUCGAUUGGGACACAUAUUUCCGCGCGUAUAUACUUGGCAUUCGUGAAUACAUCUUGAAGGAUUGUCCAGAUACUCUGACGAAUGCUCGAAACCGGCUCUCCAAACUCUAUUGGAUUCACAAGUUAAGUCAAGUCCUCGUGAGCUUCGUUCUGAUAAAAAUGAUCCUCCGAGUGGGUCAGGUGAUGUUUACCUUUGAUACAUAGCAGAACGAAUCGGGGAAUUCAUUGUCCAUCCGUCGUCACACAUUUAUGAAUGAAAUCACUGCAGUGUUAUAGUUUGAACUCGCGGAGUUGCAAUUAAAUCAAUUGCAACCGAUAAAAAAGUUUUGUAAAAAAAAGGGGGAGGAUUUUUAAGACAAGAAGAGCGUGAAAUAAAAUUUGGCUCGAUGAUGAUAA